AUGGGUAGCAGCGGCAAGGGCUCUCCCGAGACUCUUUCAUCAAAGACAUUCGGGUCACCAAUAGCAUCAACAACGGUGACUUUCACAUCGACCACUCUCGAGGAGAGAAAUGAGAGAAACGACCGGAUUGCUGCCCUGAGGCGGGACUCAGGGUCAUCGUCCUCCAAGGGGUCAGCACAUGGCCUUUCGAGCAUCGAUUCGAGACUCGGCCUCCCGAUUUCAACAAAGCUCCUAGCACCAACAGAAGAAAUUCCUGAUACACCAAGUUCGACGAUUGUCGAGUUCGGUGAUACGGACAGGAACCAUCUGCCGUCGGCCGCGGAAUUGGCCGACAAUGUCUUCCGCACUGCGUACCGCGUCCGCAAAAGCCGGUCACAGUCCCGGACACGACCUGAGCAUGGGAGAAUUGGUGAUCUCAAACAAGAGCGCAGCGCGAGUGCCCAAGCUAACCGAGCCGCGACCCCGACAGGCUCAACAAGAGAGAGGUCCGAUUCAGGCAACAAAACAAAGAGCCCUGGAUUAAGGGACCUCCCAACCGACAGAAGUCCGGCUGCCGAAAGGGAGCUGGCCCAAAACAGAGUCAACAUGUACCUCACACAGCAUCAACAACAAAAUCAGGAGCAGAUCAUCCAGACUCCCAUUCAGCAACAGCCAUCAGGUCCUGAUAAGGAACUUCUGUUGGAGAACCGCGGCCUGUACCAGCGAGUGGCUGCACUCCAGCGGACCGAGCGGGAUCUGCUGGCGGAGAACCAAGAGUUGCUGCGCCAGUUCAACCAGCUAAAACAGCAUCACGACGUGCGCCGCAAGCAAUGGAGGGAUCAGCUGCGACAAAGGGAGAGGGAAUAUGAAGCUCGCAUUCAUGAGCUGGAGGAUCACAUGUUGCAGCUUGCUAUCGCCAACCCAACGAGAGUGGCACCUAUUCAGACUGACAAGGACAUCAUCCACUGGUUUGCUGAGCAAGAACAUGCCCGACGAGUCUGGUCACAAGAUUAUGCCCACCGCGACGCUAACCGUCUUUGCGAAGGCCUUCACCCAGUCCAGCUGGCCGAGCUGUGCGAAGGCGUCAAGGAGUUUGUGAAGCUCAACGAGGACAAGACACUUCCCGAAGAGCUUCCUACCAACAGCAGCGAGACGACCCAGCUCCUUCUCCAAGGCAUGCUUGCGGACUUCAUCUCUACCGAGAUCCUAGCUUCUCCGUUCUGGGUGUUUACCGCAAUCUCAGCUGGAACGCUCGAGAGCCCCAGCGUUCCUCAUCCCGGCACGGGACCCAUUGCGACCAGUUUCCGCAUGGAUUUGAGUCUGUUCAAUGGCAUUGCUCCCAUGCGACCCAUCUACGCCCCUACUCCGGGUAGCCCGCACUUCCCGCCCCCUUUGAUCACAGCCAUGUUACCUCCAGCACUCGGAAACGCGGCGUCAGGCCUGGGUUUGCCCACUAAGACCGAGACGGAGAAUCUCUACCACAUGCUUCUGAGUGCCCAAAAGCAAUAUGCGGAUGUGACCGUUCACGAUUGGCGAGCGCAGCUUAUGAGGCUCCUCGCCGAGAGCGGCAUGAGCAUGAAGGACCCAUUGGAUGCGGCCAAGAACGAGUCCAGACGCAUCCUGAUCGAGUCGAGACUCAACUACGCCCGCAAGCUGAAGGAGAAGUUCCUCGGCGGUCCAGCCAGGUUCCUCCUUGGCGACUUAGACGCCGCUGGCAUCGAAAAGCUCGAACGCAGACUUCAAGAUCUGAUUGACGAAACUCUCCGUUUCUCCUGCCGAAUCUGGUCGCGUCCCACUCCCGUCCGCCUUCACGACCUCGGAGAUCUCAAGGACCAAAAGUUCAGCGCUACCCACCCUUACAUGCGUCUUUGCCAUGUCCAGGCCCCGCGCGGCAUGGAGGAGGUGCAGCAGAAGAAGAACGACUCCAGCGAGCGCGAAAAGUCUCCUCCUGGUUACCACGACGGCCGCCCGGUGAUCAUGGUCCUCUCCCCCGCCAUCGAAUCCAUCGUCGACAGCAGCAAGGACAACAAGAAAGCCGCACCGCCUGCCAUGGACGAGACUCCGCGCGUCUGGGUCCGCGCUCGCGUGCUCGUUUCCUCGCCUGCCCGCGCUGCGGCGAUGAAGUCACUUGGUCCUAUCAAGAUUGCUUCGCCUCCGCAACCAGUGCGCCACAAUUCCGCUCCUACCACGGCCACAACACUGGAUAAGUCCGGCUCUGGCUCGCCAGCGGGGGUGGGCACAUUGCCGGCGACGCAGUUCGGGAGGAUGCACUCAUCACCGCCUCACUCGUCUUCUUCUAGCUUGUCAACGGUGGACACAGGCAACGAAUCGUUCACGCCUGCGGGGUCAGUGAAAACGACACCGAAACAAGUGUCGAUGCCGUUUGCCAGUCAGCAGGUCGUGUCACCAUUUUUGCGGCAAAGUGUGUCGCCGAGCAAGAUGUUUGGAGCGAACGGGAAUCAGGACAUGAUGGGGGGUAUGGAUUUGCCUAUUGCUUGA